CUUCUGCCUCCAGCUCUGCCAUUAGCUGUCAUCUCAGCAGCCAGCCAGAGCAAUGGGCAACUGGGAGUCCCAUCUCUACGAAUGGCCUGCCCAGAAACUGGGUGAGUUUAUCCAGGACAAUCUGAGGCCCUUUGAAGACUGUCAGAAACAGAUCGACCAGACCGUGGACACCAUCUGUGCAGUCCUGCAGGAAGCUGAGCAGUUCCCCCUGGUGACCGGUGUGGCCAAAGGUGGCUCCUAUGGCCGGAGAACGGUCUUGAGGGGCAACUCCGAUGGUACCCUCGUCAUCUUCAUCGGUGGCCUUGAAAAAUUCCAGGAUCAGAAGAAAAGCCAACACGACCUCCUCAGCAAAAUCUGGGCACAGUUGAAACUCUGUGAGCUCACAAUGAAGCUGGCAGCCAAGAUGGAGACGCAGAGCAUCAAUGGCAAGCUCACCAUCCAGCUGUCCACAAAACAGCAGAGCGUCACUUUUGAGGUGCUGCCUGCGUUCAACGCUCUGGGCUUAAGUGAGAAGCCCAGCCUCUGCACCUAUCGAGAGCUCAAAAGAUCCUUGGAUAUGGUGAAAGCCAGCCCCGGUGAGUUCUCAAUCUGCUUUACUGAACUCCAGGAGAAGUUUUUUAGCAACCAUCCCAGCAAGCUGAAGGAUUUGAUCCUCUUGGUAAAGUACUGGUGUCAAAAGUGCCAGGAAAAGCUGAAGGAUUCAUCCCUGCUGCCCCUGUAUGCGCUGGAGCUGCUCACGAUCUAUGCCUGGGAACAGGGCUGUGGAGCAGAAGACUUUGAUAUAGUUGAAGGUGUCAGGACUGUUCUGGAGCUUAUCAGGCAGCAGGAGCAGCUGUGUGUCUAUUGGACAGUCAACUACAACUUUGAGGAUAAUACCGUCCGCAACAUCCUGCUGGGCCACCUCCGAUCCCCGAGGCCAGUAAUCUUGGAUCCAACUGACCCAACCAGUAAUGUGAGCAAAGAUAACACCUGCUGGCAGCUGCUAAAACAAGAAGCUCAAAUCUGGUUAUCUUCUCUCAGGCUGAACGAGUCACCUGGACUGUCCUGGAAUGUUCUGCCUGCACCGCUCUACGUGACCCCAGGCCAUCUUCUAGAUAAGUUCAUCAAGGACUUUCUCCAGCCCAGCAAGACUUUCCUAGAUCAGAUCAAGAAAGCUGUUGACGUCAUCUGUAAGUUCCUUAAAGAAAAUUGCUUUCGACAUUCAACUACAAAGUGUCAGAAGAUUGUCAAGGGGGGGUCAACCGCCAAAGGCACGGCUCUGAAGACUGGCUCCGAUGCCGACCUUGUUGUGUUCGCGGACUCGCUGAAAAGCUACACCUCCCAAAAAAACGAGAGAUGCAACAUCAUCAAGGAAAUCCAUAAGCAGCUGGAAGCCUGUCAGCAGGAGAAGAAUUUUGAAGUGAAGUUUGAGAUUUCAAAAUGGAAGGCUCCCCGGGUGCUGAGUUUCACUCUGAAAUCCAGAGUCCUCAAGGAAAGUGUUGAGUUUGAUGUGCUGCCUGCAUUUAAUGCCCUAGGUGAACUGAAGUCUGGCUGUACACCCAGCCCCAGGAUCUAUGCUGACCUCAUCUGUUUGCAUAAAUCCUCAGACGCCCUGGGGGGAGAAUUUUCUACCUGUUUCACAGAGCUACAGCGCAAUUUCGUUUGCUCCCGGCCCACCAAACUGAAGGAUUUAAUUCGCCUGGUGAAGCACUGGUACAAAUGGUGUGGAAGCAAACUGAAGAAAAAGGGGUCUCUGCCCCCCAAAUAUGCCUUGGAGCUGCUCACCAUCUAUGCCUGGGAGCAGGGGAGCGGGGCGCAGGAUUUUGACACGGCCGAAGGUUUCCGGACGGUCCUGGAGUUGGUCACAAAAUAUCAGCAUCUCUGUGUCUUCUGGACGGUCAACUACAACUUUGCUGAUGAGAUUGUGAGGAACUUCCUCCUGACCCAGAUCCAGAGAAAAAGGCCUGUGAUCUUGGACCCAGCCGAUCCUACUGGCGACGUGGGUGGAGGGGACCGUUGGUGUUGGCAUCUUCUAGCAGAAGAAGCUACUGAAUGGUUGUCGUCUCUCUGUUUCAAAGAUGGGUCGGGUUGUCCCAUACAAUCGUGGAAAGUGCCAACAGUGCAGUCACCAGGAAGUUGUGGAGCAGCGAUACAUUCUAUUGUCAGUGAGAUGCACUUAUUCAGAAGGUAUAGAUUCCUGGAAUAAUAAUGCUGGAAGAAACUUCUAGAGACCAUCAGGCAAUUGGGUUUUUUUUUUUUAUGGUUAAUAAACUACAAAAUUUACAAACCCAAGCCUGAAUGAAUGGUAUUACUGUACUCCAUCGUAUUACCUUUAUUGGUAUAACAUAGUAGCCGUGAUUGAUAGCAAACAUCAUUGUACGUAAUAAAUAUUGUGCUUUAUUUAGAAAGAUGACUUAUAAGCACUGCUGUAGGCCUGCUAGAUAGGGCUUCGAUUUUCUAAUAAUACUAUUAAGUUAUCUAAUCUAUUCAAAAUAGCUUGACCUGAUGGCCACAAUCUAUGUUUUUCAGAUGACUGGUAUGAUUAGAAAUUUGGCUUAUGACUAAGGCACGAGGCUGUUUUCUAGGAAGGAAAAGCUAUUAUCAUCGUCAGUGGGCCAGCCCGCAAAGUUUAUUUGUCCUCUCAAACACUGUCUGAAGCACGACACCCCCUCUGCCCCCUCUGUUCGGCAGAAGAGGAGAGCGGAAAUCCCACCAUGUGCUUUAUACCAUGACUGGCUGCAUUGAGGCCCCUUGAGGAGGCGGUGCUGAGGAGCUAAUCUCCGGUCCUCUUCUUUCUCUGUAAUCUCAUCUGAACAGUUUAGUGCACAUCCAUGGCCUCCCCCACCCCUGACAGGCAAUUGCUUUUAAAGAAUCGGUUCACUGUGUGAAAGAGUAGACCAUUCUUCCCUUGACGGUCCCCACUACUUCUUCCCUCGCUUCUUCAACUCCUCUUGAAAUCAAGACCUCCACGUCCUUCGUAAAGUCUCACCUCGCCUUGCUGAAGUCUUGUUCCGUGUGUGACCUCCGUUAUUGAAAACAUUUGCUCUCGUCCAGGUUUAUGUGCACUGUAUUUGUCAACCAUUCUGUAUUUUCCCAAUUACUAACUCCUUCCUUUUCCUUCAAGUCUUAGAAGAGGGCUCUUUUCCCAAAGUGAAGCCCUUUACCUGCCCCUUUGUUCCCGUAAUUCCAUGAUCUUGCUCUCAUACUCCUCCACCCCGCCCACCACCCGUCUCUUUUCCUCUGUACCCAAGACCCUGUCUGCCCCUGCCGAAUAGAGGUCUCUGAAACCAGUAAUGACCUGGCCUCUUCUUACACCUGCAAACUCUCCAAAGGCUUGGAUUAUAACUGUUGAGAUAGAUGAUAGAUAGAUAGAGAGAUAGAUAGAUAGAUGAUAGAUAGAUAUAGAUAGGUAGAUAGAUAGACAGAUAGAUAUCAGCAGUUGUUUUAUAUAUAUAUAUAUAUAAUAUAUUAUACAUGUAUAUAUAUAACUGUUGUCAUUUCCUUCUGAGCCUACCUUUUCUCCCCCAUCCAUGAGUAUCUUCUUGCCAAAUAUAAAGGCUUUAUCCUCUGGCUUAGCUUCCAAGAUACUUGAAGAUAUAAGUGCUUUAACCUCAUAUAUCCACUUAAAGUUUCAUUACUGCCACAUAUACCAACUUGCUUGUCAUAUAAGAACGAAUAGAUCUGGUCUUUUCUCCAGUUCCAAGCUUCAAAAAACCCUUGGAAUUUCCUGAUAGGGUGUAUUUUGUAUUCAUAAGGAGCCUCUUCCAACCCUCCCUGAGUUAGGCUAACGAGUUGUGUGUCCUUAGAUAGUUUUGAAGGAUGGCUUGGCCAUGCCAGAAAUGCCAAGUGUGUGAUGAGAGGGUUGAAACUUUCAGCCCCACCCCCUCCCCCAACCUUCCAAGAGAACAGGAGGGCUGGAGAUUGAAUCCAAGCACAUGGCUAGUGAUUUAAUCAAUCGUGCCUUUGUAAUGAAACUCUAAUAAAAACUCUGGACAACAAGGUUUCCUGGUUGUUGAGCAUAUGGAUGUAUCACGAAGAUAACACAUCCUGACUCCAAGUGGAUGGGAGCUUUUGUGCUCACGAGCCUUCCAGCCCUCACCCCCUAUGUAUCUCUUCAUCUGGCUGUUCAUUUGUAUCCUUUAUAAUAAAAUGGUGAU